CACAAUCGAAUAUACUUUUAUUAUAUUUUUCGGUACUUUUAAAAGUGGAAUAAGGGUGAGGAAAAAAGAAAAGCUUGUCUUAUUCUUAUUCUUCCUCGGUUGUGUUGUUUCGAUACUCGACGCUUUUACACGCUACUGCGCGUUGUGAAAACAUCAGUGUACACGAAGAAGAGAAAUGGGAAACCACCCGUCCGCCCACCAACCGCUCGAGAGGGCUACCAGCCAUGCUGGAAAUGGUCUUCGUCUUUCGAAACGCGAGAGAUCGCCGGGAAAAAGGAUGGACCGGCUAAGAAGAAGUUUUCGGGAUAGUUUUAGACGACGAAAAGAUCCACACGUACCGGAAUCAAGUAAACCACACCAAUGGCAACACGACGAAAGUGCAGUACGUUCAGCAACCUGCGCUUUUCACGUUAAAUAUUUAGGAUGCGUUGAGGUUUUCGAGUCGAGAGGAAUGCAAGUUUGCGAGGAGGCCUUGAAGGUGCUUAGGAAUUCCAGAAGAAGGCCGGUCCGUGCAGUCCUCCAUGUUUCCGGUGAUGGAUUACGUGUUGUCGAAGAUGAAACAAAAGGAUUGAUCGUUGAUCAAACGAUAGAAAAAGUAUCGUUUUGUGCUCCGGAUAGGAAUCACGAAAAGGGUUUCAGUUAUAUUUGUAGGGAUGGUACAACCAGGCGGUGGAUGUGUCAUGGAUUUUUGGCAUUAAAAGAGUCGGGUGAAAGAUUGAGUCAUGCAGUUGGAUGUGCGUUUGCUGCGUGCUUGGAGAGAAAGCAACGUAGGGACAAAGAAUGUGGUGUAACGAUGACGUUCGAUUCGAAGACGUCGACCUUUACGAGAAGUGGCAGCUUCAGGCAACCAAGUUUGACCGAAAGAUUGCAGGAUACGCGGGAACGUCCUGUAGAUGUUGUUCCUCCAGUGAAGCAGGUGUACAACCCCUUCGCUAUUGAGAGACCCCAUGCCACACCUUCUAUGUUAGAACGACAGGGCUCUUUUAGGGGUUUUACUCAAUUGAAUCAAGCGUCUCCGUUUAAAAGACAAUUGAGUUUACGUGUAAACGAUCUUCCUAGUAAUCUCGAACGUACACGUAGUCAUAGUCUCGAACCUACGGAUUUAUCGCGAAUGCCAUCAGCCAUAUCGCACAUCGUACCUUUAAAACCACCAGAGUACGAAGGAUAUGACGAAGUGAGCCCGAUACCAGAAAUAUCACCUGGUGGACAGGACAGUGUUUCUGCCAUGUGUCAACAAUUGUCUCGCGGACUUUCUUUGCUUUCGAGCAGCGAUGAUUUCGGACCAUUGCCUUCACAAGCGACAACUAGUUCGGUUGCGAAGCAACUUUUUAUGAACACCAAUAAUACUCCACCUGUAACGAGUAGCAAUUCGUUGGACGAUAUUAAAUUACAAAAUGGGCCGAAUUUGAUAACCAACAACAACAAUAACAACAAUAACAACAACGACAACAAAAACGAAGACAUUACGAAUUUAAACGAGGUCAGACAAAAUUGGCAAGAAUCCUCGUCAUCACCGAUUCUAACAGUCAAUCCUAGGUUAACGCCAGUCUUAAACAAGGCUAGUAAUUUAAGUCCUGUUCUUCCGAGGACUAGCACAGUCACACCUGUUGUUAUGAGUACACCAGCGUCUAGUAUAGGUGGUGUGUUUGGUGGUACACCAACAGCAGCCAGUCCUGCAUUCAGUACGGCCUCUACCUCAUCUCUUGGAAGUACAUCAACAGCUGUUGCUAUCAACAAGUCGUCAAUUUCAAUUAAUAAUUCAGUAAUAGCCAAUAAAAUUGCAACGCCUAGGAGUACGUCACCCAACGUUAGCGUAGCGUCGUUAUCUUCCACGUUAUCGACAGCCGUAAUCACUGACGUUUCUGGGAUUUGCCCGAUUACUAUACCUACCACUCCGGUUCAGCCGGUGGCAGCGGCAGGKACUUUACCAAAACCAGAACAAUGGUUGGGUAGUAUAACAGGAGCUGUACCAGUAUCAACAACAGCACCCCAAGCAAUAGCAUCAUCGUCAAUACCACCCCAAUCAUCGAGUAGUCCACGAAGAGCACCACCAUUACACGCAAGGGCAUUGUCACUCGGUUCGGCAGCAAUGAGUGCUGGUGUUGGUGGUGGUGGUGGUGGUCAAGUUAGUCAAGGAAGAGGAGGUGGUGGCGGCCCUUCCGAUCCCUUCGAUGCCGAAUGGGCUGAAAUUGCGGCGAGAAAUUUACGACAGUCUACUACUACCAAUCCAUUCGUCGUUCCUAACGCAACACAGGCAUUCCAGGUGCAAUUGUAGCGCCAGGAGUUCGUUAACAGCAUUGCUAAAUAUUUUCGAUCGAACACAUAAUGACGGUUGCACGUACGCUCGCGCCUCGAUCUUACCAACGAUCGUAGGUAUUAUACCUAAACAUCCACCCCCAUAACCCACCCCCUAGAAGGUUGGAACAAUUAUUUUCCAAACGAAUUAUUAUGCAGGAAUAAAAAAGAAACUAAACAAACGUAAUAAGAAAAAGGGAUAUCGAAAAGCGGGGGUUGCUUAUAAUAAUAAUAAUAAUAGGCAACAAAUAAAAUUAUUGUUCAAAUUAAUCGGGGGUGGGUGUGGGAAUGGGAAUGGGAAGGGGGUAGGGAAAUAUAUAUAUUUGAGAUCUUGGACACAACGUAACAACCAUCGCCAUUAUCAUUAACUGAUUAUGUUGUUACGUUGAAGUAUUAAUAUGAGGACGAGCGUGUGUGGAUUGGAAAACGAAUUUAUGCACAA